AUGAAAAUUAGUUAUCGAUUUUGUUUGAAUGGUCAUUUUACUAAGAUUGAUCAUUAAAACUACAUUCAAAACCAAGUGAUUGGUAUCUGUAUGGAAUAAAGCUGUAAGGCCCAAUAAUUUGUUUGUUAAGAAUGUAUAGAAAGGGAUCAUUCUGAUCAUAAUUCUAUGAUAUCCACUUUCGAUUAGAUUCAAUUACUAAUUUCUAGUUAUUUUAAGGAUACCUUUCUAAAUAUUCCCGAUGUAUUUGAUUAAAACUGUCAAUAAUAAGAAUUUUAAGAAUUAAAAUAAUAAAUAUAUGAAGAAUUUGAGAAAUUAGAAACUCAUUUUAACAAAAGUUAGGAAUAAAUUAAAAUAUUAUUGGAUGCUUACAAGAUUAUUUCAAAAAUAAAAGAUGGUUGCAUCAAGGACAUUAGCGUGGAAGAAUUUAACAUCCUUUUUGAAAUAUUUUAGAAUCAGAAGAUAAAUAAUUAUUCAGCGCUGCAUUCUAAUUUGACUUUACUAAAAAAUAAAUCAAAAUUUCUUAGUAACAAAGUGAAAGAGAUUUAAUAACAACUUACUUCUUCUCAGAUUAAUUCAGAUACCUUGGAUUUUAGCAAAUUUAUAAGUAGAAACAUAAAAUAGAAGAUUAUAUCCUAAUUUUAUUCAUAGAACCUUUUGAAUUACUCUUUAGUACCUCAGGACUAUUAGUUUAUUAAAGGAGCAAGAAUUGGGGAAAUCGAAAAUAAUAAUGAAAUCUACUAUGGAGAAAUAAAUGAAAAGUAAAUCAAGCAUGGAAAAGGUAUUUUUGAAUAAUAAAAAGGUGUUUAAAUUAUAAAAAAUGGUGAUAUUAUAUAUGAGGGUAUUUGGGAGUCAGAUUAAUUGCAAUGGGGUUAAAAAACAACAUUUAAUGAAAAUUCUGAAUGCUGUAUAUUUUAGGGUAAAAUGAAUAAUAAAAAACUUAAUGGAUUUGGAUUAAAAAAAAGUUCAUUUGAUUAUGAGUAAAAUUGA